GUAUUCGCCGACUGUCAUAUUCACUCUUCAUCUAAACUGAACAUCUCUGUCUUGUCGCUCCCCCCUCGCCACCCCCCUCCCACAUCCCACCAUCCCCAUGUCCACCACCAAAGCCACAGAGUCUUCCAACGCCCCUUUUUCGGACGACCCAUCUUCCGGCCCGGCGUACCGCUACAAGCCCGUUGGUAUAGCGAAUGAAUACAAUACAUGCUUCUUAAACUCUACCUUUCAGGCUUUGAGCGCCACAGCUUCGCUUACCUCGCUCUUAUCCGCCUCCCCUGUUUCACCGCUCAACCCGCUCUCCAACUCCAUUCUCCCUGCUCCCGUGGUUCCCCGCUCCCAAAUUCCUUCUUUGCAUGAAGAGAUCCUCGAACCCGAACUCUAUGACAAGCUACCCAUCACCAUCGCAUUCACUUCAGCACUUCAUGAAGGAUAUCGGCGGAAAGACCGAUAUAUCGGAGAUGAGGGCUGCAUGCGUUUGACAAAUAUGUUGCGAACUGUCAGCGCAAAGCAUCCACAGUACAAUGACUUUGAUCAGCAAGACGCUCACGAGUUUUUGAGACAUUUGUUAGAUUUGAUGGAAUUGGAGGAGAAAGAUGCUAUCAAAAUUCUGCAGCCCAAGGACUUACCUGAAAAGAAGGGCAGGAGAAAAAAGCGGGCGGCCAUUCAACCAUCUCAAGCCGAUGUAGAAACCCAGGGCUUGCAACUUCAUGAUCAUAUCUCGCCCAUGGUGUCGCCGCUGCCGUCUCCGGCUCAUUCUCUGCCUGCGACUCCGGGUUUGAGCGCACGGAUAGACCCAAUGUCGAGGCUUAAGCCCGAUGACGUCGAUUUGGGCGUUGUGACUGGUAAAGUCCUAACAGAAGAACCUUCCGCCAAUCCUGCUGAGGUAGAAGUAAAAAUAACGGAUGAGGAGAGUGGGGAUCAUUCAGUAGAGAAAUCAGUGGAAACGCUAGUGGAAAAUACGGUGAACGAAAAAUUGACUCCCUUUGUGGAUGUCCUGUUCGGUGGAUUGCUUGCCAGUGUGGUGAUUUGUGAAAAGUGUAAAGCUCUGUCCCACACUUACGAAGGCUUCCUUGACAUUUCUCUUCAAAUGCCAAACGAAGGCGAACGAACUCGUAAACGGGACAAGGUCUUAGCCUUUGCUCAAAGACUUAUGCCCGGGAGGUCUUCCACUGCCAAAAACUCCCCUGAUAUUCCUCCGACUUCACCCAGCCAACCACUCCCUUCAGCUCUUUCCGAUAACGAACUUUCAGACUCUGAAACCAACCCCAAUACCUCCCAUUUCGGUAGACGGAAAACUUUGAGCAUCCCUGAAAGCGAAGGUGCCAGCCUUGGGAGAACAGGCUCGACAAAAUUCAAUCUUUUCAGUAGGAGGAAACGCGCUCACAGCAGGCCCAGCAGCGCUUCGUCAAGCGUCAAUGCCACUCCCACUCUUGAGGCAGAGAAGACUCAUACUGUGCCACCAUCACCUUCUCUACUGAGUGAACGAUUGCGCCAUCAUCAUUUUCACAACAAGCGCCAAGCUACUCCUACUCCCGCCCAGGCGGCGUACAUAGCCAGGAUCCUAGCACCCCCUCAGGCUGCUGAGCAGCAAGACCCCAUCGCCAAAUUACGUGCCGCGCAAAAUGGAAGUGGCCCGGUGAACAGUGAACCGCCAAAGGUCGAAACCGGCUUGGAGCGCUGUCUUAGAGAGUUUACGACUGUCGAGAUUCUCGAGGGUUCAAAUGCUUUCGCUUGUCAUAAAUGUUGGCGCAUCAAGCAUGGCCGAUAUGAUCAUCAUGAAGCUACUGUGAAAGAGGAGGAUGAGAAUAUCGUACCUGGAGACUCUACGCCUUCAUUGUCGACUUCUGCUGGGCCUCCUUUAAAACAUCCCGAGGGCUCCACAAAGAACUCGAGUCAUUCCGAGGAAAUGGCCAACAGCGUUGAGCAAGCCUUGUUGCUUAGUAGCCCACGACUUCCUCCACCUUCCAUUUCCAUCCGGCCCGGAUCUGCUUCGGACUCUCCCACGCCUCACAAUGGGCGUUCCGAUCGCGUGGGUAGAAAUCCUUCUCUCGGGUCUGUCUCCGGUGCCGGUGACCCAGAUACCCGCGCACACUCCCCUUUAAAAAGACAAAUCGAGGACGAUGACACGUUGGUAGACCUCAUGGCCAGUACCCAUGUUGACCAGAGCUUCGCAUAUCAAGAUUCGAACUCUGGCAGCAUCAUACUCCCCUCGGAAGCUGACACUGGCGAGGAUGCAGACGCCCGGGACCGAAGCGAGUCAGAAUCUGAUGACUUGUCCGAUUCCGAGAGUGAAUCUGAAGGUGAGAGUGGCAAACCCAAGAGGAAAAAGAGCAAACAUUUCGUUAUGGGCCGGGCCUACAAGCGUUACUUGAUCUCAAAGUCCCCGGAGGUCCUUGUUUUCCAUCUUAAACGGUUCAAGCAGCUUAGCUCGGCGUUCAACACUUUUGCUUCUCUCAAAAAGAUGGAAGAUAUUAUAGGGGUAGACAAAAUGCAUGCUAUUUCGAUGAUAAUUCUGAAUUGAUGAACGAGCUGCCAAUUCCCUCAGGGAAAAUGACAUUCCUGA